AUGUUGGAAGGGAGCGAUGGAAAGAUGGCAGCCGCCGUGGUACAGAUGUCAUGUUUGUACCGGGGCAUGUUAGCGGUCAGGGCCACCGGCAUCAGGACGCUGAUUCCCGGGCUGGUCCCGGCGCAGUUCCGAGCCUUCUCGAUGCGGAAGGAACCAGAGCUGGAGGAGAACCCGUUCUACAACAAGUACCAGGACAAGAUCCAGAAACUGCGCAGCGUCAAACCACAGGAGUACAAAGCCCGAGUGGAGAAGCGUCAUGAGGCCAAGAAGGAAGUGCUGGGACACUCAAAGCAGGCGGAGUUCGUGCGCUUCAUGGAGCAGGAGUUGGAGAAACGGGACAAGAUGACUGCCGGCGAUGGAGCAUCAGGAGGUUUCACGAAGAACAAGACGCUGGGCUCCAUCCUCAACCUGGAGAUGAUCAGAGACAAGACGGGCGAGGAGAUAGCGGAGCUUUGGAUGAAAUAUUAUUCAACUAAGGACACAAUCAGCGCUGUCAUCCCAACACAGAUCUACGAGGUGAUUUUGGGCAGAUCGAAGUCGUGCCCAAUGUUCCUGUACGCUUUACCUCAGAGGGAGGGUUACGAGUUCUUCGUGGGUCAGUGGUCCGGACACGAGCUCCACUUCACCUCCCUCAUCAAUGUCCAGACGCUCGGUGAGAACGCUCCCAGUCAGCUGAUCCUCUACCAUUACCCAGACCUGAAGGAGGAGAAGGGCGUGGUCCUCAUGACCGCCGAGCUGGACCCCAAGUUCAUAACCGUCCACCAGGCUCAGUGUUUGGCCAAUCAGGUGCAGCUGUUCUACGGCACGCAGAGGCAGGAGACGUACCGAUUGGUCGAGACGUUUAACCACCACCCUGCGGACUUUAAACACAUGUCGGUGAUAGCGGAGCUGGAACAGAGCGGCCUGGGGUCAGCUGUGGCCCCUGGAGGAUCGUAGAGACACCACAGACGGAAUGAAAUCACUAACCCACUCCUGCUGUCGGGUCUCACAGGACCUGUUGGUGUUUAUUUAACGUCACAGAGACGCGUGCAUCUUCGCUCAGCACUUUCCACAGGAAAGCACCUUCAAGAUUCUACAUACAAAGUGUGAAGCAGCGGCCGUGAUUUAAAGAAUUUAAAGGAGCAUCAAGAGCUUCUCGUGGACUCUGUCGGGGAGGGAAUCAUCAGACAGCUGCUACACAUCUUUUCAUUUUGCUCCCAUUUGUAAAGCUGGACAUAAUGUGAUAUUUAUCAGUUCUAUGAUCAAUAAAUCCCACUGUUUAAUACCCUCCAUAUAAGGCUGGACCAGAAGGACUUUGUAAGCCCAGUAGCUAUCCCCGAAAACCAAUCUGAUGUUUAAUAAAUCAUUCAAAACCCUCCAA